AUUUAUCAUCGUUGUUGGUGUUCGGUUGUGCAUGUUAUCAUCUUCAAAACAAAGUCUGUGCUAUUUGUGAAAACAAAUCCAGUGAUAAUGUCGUGCUGCAAAGGCCCUGGAUACUCGUCGCCAAUGGAGGCGUUCAGAAGUGGGCCGCGAGAGGAGCUCCUAUAUGUCGUCUGUGUCCAACCAGACAAGACUAAAGAGGACUACUUGGCCACCGUCGACGUUGACCCUAAAUCGCCUACUUAUAGCCAGGUAAUCCAUCGUACGUACACCGGCCAAGUGGGUGACGAGCUACACCACAGCGGGUGGAAUGUAUGCUCGAGUUGCCAUGACAACGCUAACCUGAAGAGGAACUUGCUUAUCCUGCCCGCGUUGGUCUCCAGCAAUGUGUACGUGGUAGACGUAGGCACUGACCCGCGUAAACCGAAGAUGCAUAAGGUAAUCGACGGCUCGGAGAUAAGGUCGUUCAACUGCAGUUUCCCUCACACGACGCACUGCCUAGCAUCUGGCGAAAUCAUGAUCUCAAUGAUGGGCGAUAAAGACGAAAACGGGAAAGGGGAUUUUGUCCUCAUCGACUCGCAGACUUUGAAAGUGACAGGGACGUGGACAAAAGGAAAAACUGCGCAGUUCGGUUAUGAUUUUUGGUAUCAGCCUUACCACAACGCUAUGAUAUCUACGGAAUGGGGUACACCUAAAUAUUUUAAAACAGGCUUCCACCCUGAUGACGUGACCAAUCCGAAGAGAUACGGUUCAUCCUUAAAUAUGUACAAGUGGUCAACUCGUGAGUUGCAACAAGUUAUAGAUCUGGGUAAGGAGGGCACGGCUCCCCUUGAGGUCAGAUUUCUCCAUGAUCCUAAAGCCGCAUUGGGAUUUGUCGGAUGCGGCGUCGAGGCUAACGUUUUCAGAUUCAAAAAGACCUCCGAUGAAAAGUGGAGAGCUGAUAAAAUCAUUGAUGUACCAGCAAAAAAAGUAUUGCAAGAUGGCGUAGAAACCGAGCUUAAUGGAUUGAUGACCGAUAUCCUGCUGUCAUUGGAUGACAAGUAUUUAUACUUCACGUGCUGGCUGCAUGGGGACGUACGUCAGUACGACGUGUCGGAUCCGGAAAAUCCAAAGCUAACCGACCAGGUCUUUUUGGGAGGACAGAUGGCUAGUGAAAACUUAACUGUAGUUGAAGAUAAGGACAAUAAGGGUCCGUAUAAGCAAGUGACGGUGAAAGGCAAGACCCUGCAAGGCAGCCCGCAGAUGCUACAGCUAUCUCUUGACGGCAAGAGACUUUAUGUUUCGUGCUCUCUUUUCUCACCUUUUGAUAAACAGUUCUAUCCGAAAACCAGUGAAGAGGGCGGCUGGAUCGUGAAACUGGACAUUGAUACUGAAAACGGAGGUAUGACUCUGGACCCCAACUUCCUGAUCGACUUCGGACAAGAACCCAACGGGCCAGUCUUGCCGCAUGAAAUGAGGUAUCCAGGAGGGGACUGCACUUCAGAUAUUUGGCUUGCGGAUAGUUAAUAAAAUUGUUAUAUUUUACGAUAUUUCAAAUAUA